AUGUUAAUAUUAGGCUUUGAUGUGCCUGCUGCAAAGGCGGUGCGAGUUGGCAACUUUCUUGUCGAACGUUAUCCUUUCCUCGAAGCUUUUUUCAUCUGCUUAACUCUUUCAGUCCAACCUCAUGUAGAAAAAGAUUACGGCAUGCCACAUCAUGUCCUGAUCGGUUAUUUAUUUUUAGCUGUUGCUGUUGGUACUGGAAUGUGCUUCGAUAUCCAAAAACGUAUGUGUGCGUUGAUAUUUGCAGCGCAACUGUUCUUGAUAUCCUUAACUAUUCAAAGCUCUCCAUUAAGAUCAGAAUAUCACCAGUGGACGAAGGUCAGACUCUUUGCAAGAAAUCUUGGUCUUAUUGGUGGAUAUGUGAUGAUAUCAGGUGGCGUUAAUGCGGAUCGUCGUAGUGGAGAACCCAAAACCAAGUACCUUCUUCGUUAUGGCCGUAUUGCUCUCGGCGUCUACGCUAUUAGCAGUGCAUGGUUACUGAUGAAUAGCGAGGAAGAUCGUAAAGCUCUUAUUAUUCAUAUGCCUGGUGGUGGUUCUAUAGUAAUGGUAUACGUUGUUGCAUAUGUACUUUACGGUUUAUGCAUUAUAAGUGAAUUUGAAAAGAUUCAAAUGUACAGAUGCCUUUUCCUACAAUUAUUCUUUACAACCUUACUGGUUGAUGGAGAUGUAAAGUACUGGAUGAGAUCUCAUACCAAAAUGCAGCGGUGGCCUCAAUAUCAUAUGAUGUCGAGAAAUAUUUUCAUAUCGUUUCAAUUGUGGAUAUUAAUGUUUACGGAUACACAAUAG